CGAGCGUAGAUGUGCAACGGGGCGCAUGCACCUGCCACGCGGGCAACACCUCGCUUAGUACAUACGUAGGUAAAAUUACUAUACGGGAAUGGUGUAUCAAAUUGCACAGCGGCGUACACGUCUAGCGAGACGUACUCGAUGCACAAGUACAGAAUAUUGAUGUCAGCAAAAGAUCAAAGACUCGGCUCAACUACCUGCCCCGCCCGCCUUUUUCGCGUCAUUCUCUUUGAGAACUCCACCACUGCUUGGGAAUGAAUAACGAGUGAUACUACCUUCAAAGAUAAGAUGGCAGUCGUCUGGUGGAUAGUGAGUGCCGUAACAUCCGCGCUCAUUCUAAUUUACCUGGCAUUCUUCUGGAAGAUCAAUUGGAUCAAGGAUUUGACGGAAAAUGACGCGAAGAGGUCUUGGCUCAACAAGCGAUUAGGUGAUGGUAAGAGUGGAGGUGGUUCGAGGAACAAGAACAGAAAAGUAGGUCACCUACCCCCGGUGUAUCCGAACGGAUGGUUCGCGCUCUUGGAAAGCUCGCAUUUGAAACGUGGCGAAGCCAAGCACAUCUCAGCUCUUGGACAGAACUUUGCAGUUUUUAGAACGCAAAAGGGAACUGUUAGCGUACUGGAUGCUUAUUGCCCACACCUAGGCGCGAACAUGGGAGAGGGUGGCAGAGUUCGAGGAGAUUGUCUCGAAUGUCCCUUUCACGGCUGGCUUUUCAGAGGAGCCGACGGUCGAUGCCAGGACAUACCAUACUCGGACAAAGUGCCAGAAUUCGCGAAAACCAAGGCGUGGGAUUGCUGCGAAGUCAACCAAUUGAUCUUCGUUUGGCAUCACGCAGAGAACGCAAAGCCAAGCUGGCGGCCGCAAGCCCUCGGAGAAAUAUCUGACGGGAGGUGGCGUUAUCACGGAAGAAACGAGUUCAUUGUCAACAGUCAUAUACAGGAAAUACCGGAAAACGGAGCUGACUGGGCUCACCUUAGCGCUGUUCACGGUCCUUCGAUUCUACUAAGCGAGCGUGUACCGUGGCUUGCACGUCACAGCUGGACGGGAGCGGAAUGGACGUCGCACGUAUCGCCGCCGCAAGAGCGAACAAUGGCAAAGGAGGAGGAAGCAGGAAAGGCACAGGCUGAAGAGGAAUGUGGGGCUGAGGUUGAUAAUGCACCGGAAACCGACCCCAACAUAUCGCGAGAAAAUGUAGCAGGCACGGGGAAGUUCGAAAACGGCGGUGGCAAGAUUAGCAAGGAUAAAACGGCGAGCAGCAACAAGUCGCACAAGGCGAUAAUGCGGUUACGUCACAGCUUGAUCCUCUUCGAACGCAUCCCAAUCCUGGAACUUGACGUUCGAGCCGAACAGAUAGGACCCGGUUACGUGGAACUGCUCGUGCAAAGCAGCAUGGGGCCGAUGUGCAUUCUGCAAACUGUCACGCCGCUGGAGCCACUAAUGCAACGCGUUACACAUCUAAUGUUCGCACCCCCCCUGCUUGCGCCGCUCGCUACUCUGGUACUGUUUGGCGAAAGCGUAAUGUUCGAGCGGGAUGUUGCCGUCUGGAAUCACAAGCGUUUCGAGCAAAGGCCCCUUUUGGUUCGUGAGGAUCGAUCGAUUCUUGCCUACCGCCGGUGGUACGCGCAGUUCUAUUCACCCCACAGUCCGACCUAUCAGUCCACCACGCGAUCGCUGCAAUGGUAAUUUUUCAUUUUUCCAAUCACACACAUAUUCAGACACGUCGCCGACGACCAUUUCUCCUAUAUAAUCAACAUUCAGUCAGUUCCUCCGGACUGAUAUCAUUUCAGCGGUGCGAUGUGAUUGGCCGAAUACUCCGAAAUUUUGCCCAUGCUAAAUUUUUUUUUCUUUUUUUUCAACUGUCGCGGUUAUAAAUAGAUUAUGGAAAAUAUAAGUGUCCGGAACGACGUGUCACAUUAAAAAUUAAAUAUCAUUAGAAUAGUACUCCAUGAAACAGUAUUUAAGCAUAAAUAGUACUGAUUAUAGUAGUCUGAAACGCUCUCCUCCUUCCCACUUUCCAUCGCUGCACCGCAAACCCCGCGAGAACGAGUCGAAUAAUCUGGAAAUUCCUUGUUUUUAAGAAUAAUAUCACGGGAUGCUUGUAAAUAAAAACAGCUGCUGUAUUUGUGAAUUUGUGUUAUUAUAAGACCAAGAUAGCUCAUUUGAUUAAGUUUGCUUGGAAAUUGCCAACGGAAUCAUGAGUGUCUUGCAUUCCAUAAAUAUAAUAUUGGUUCAGCGGAAUUGUCACUAAUAACACUGUACAUAAAUAACAGUAAUUCUAUCGCGAAAAACUACAUACAACAGUAGAAAUUCGUUGACAUAAUAAAUAAGAACGCAGAUUAUUACCAAGAAAUUGUGCUAUAUAAAUUCAUUCGCUGCUUACAAAUAUUCAACUUCCCUUUCACCGUGUGUAUUAUUAGUUAUCACAGAAUUCUUAUCUUAUUAUUAAUUAAUUCUACAGCUUAAGCAUGUUAGAGUUAUUUGAAAACAAUUGUUUGUCUUCAAUUGUUAUAUUCCAUCCCCCAAAUCUGUUCGUUCUAGUAUAAGGUUAGAUGCUUUGAAGUCUGGGCACUAGAAAAAUAUCUAAAAUAAGACUGCGCGACGUACGCACGGCAGUAAGUUCUACAACUAGUAGAAAACAUUGUAAAGAGAUUAUUUUCAAUAACGUAUGGGUGUACAAGACUGAAGAAGAACUUAUUGCCUCACAACUGCAAUGGAGCCUACUCGGCAUAAAAGUAUCAUCGAGAUACGAUCGAGAUGAACUUUGAAAUGUUUCGAGACCAUUGUCGAGUAUGAGAUUAAAGAAAGAACUGCAAUUCCCAUUGUUGAUUUAAGAGUGUACCGAUCAUACGGUCCAGCCAAAGAGCUGUCCAGACAGAAAUAUGAUAUAACAAUGGUUUGGACGUGCAACUGAAGUCAAUCGAGUUGAAUUUUGUUGAAACAAUAUUCC